AUGUUGAGCCAGCUCCAGGGACCGAUCCCCCGCCGAUACGUCGCGCUCCUCUUCUUCGUCGUCUGCAUCGCCCUCUUCCUAUGGAGCGGCUUCGAUAUCAUUCCUCGGCGAGUGACAGCGCCUAGAUUCAAGUACCCGUAUAUGCCCUCGAGCUAUGAUUGGAGUAAAGCAAAAAUCUACCAUCCUCCGACGGACAUGAAGAAGCUCCCCACAGGAUCUCCCAAACCACUGCCCAAGAUACAAUCGAAGCAAUCGGGUGGUCAAGAUGCCAUCAACAAUGCCCGAAAGGAGGCCGUCAAAAAAGCCUUGGUGAAGAGCUGGGGCGCGUAUAAGCAGUACGCCUGGACCAAGGACGAACUGAUGCCGCUGUCGGCCAAGGGCAAGGAGUCGUUCAGCGGAUGGUCGGCACAGCUGGUUGAUGCCUUGGAUACGCUUUGGAUCAUGGGCCUUAAGGACGACUUUAAUUUGGCCGUGAAGGAGGUAGCGCUGAUUGACUGGAGUAAAACCAAAAGUGGUGGUGUGGUAAAUUUGUUCGAGGUGACGAUUCGAUAUCUUGGCGGACUGCUUGCCGCAUACGAUCUCUCUCAGGAGCCCAUCUUGCUGGCAAAGGCGGUUGAGCUCGGCAACACACUCUACGCCACAUUUGAUACCCCGAACCGUCUGCCAUCGCACUGGCUUGAUUACGAAAAGGCGAAGCAGGGUACCCAGACUGCUGAUGAUAAAAUGUCUGGAGCUGCUGGUGGCACUCUCUGCAUGGAGUUUACGAGACUCGCGCAGAUAACGGGCGAAGACAAAUUCUACGAUGCCGUGGAACGUAUAAACAUGUUCUUCCGCCGAUUCCAAAACGAGACUACCCUCCCUGGUAUGUGGCCAAUUUGGAUGAACUACCGCGAUGAGGAAAUGCUCGAAAGCAGCUACUCCAUUGCAGGUUCCGCAGACUCACAAUACGAAUACCUGGUCAAGAUGCACCCUCUCCUAAGUGGGCUCAACCCUGAGUAUCCCGAAAUGGCAAUCAAGGCUCUUGACACUAUCAGAGACAAUUUACUGUUUCGUCCAAUGACGCCCAAGGAGGACAACAUUUUGUUUGCUGGCAGUAUUAAAAUCAAUGGCAACGACACUCAGUUUAGUGCAGAUAUGGACCAUUUAACCUGUUUUGCCGGCGGUAUGUACGCGUUGGCAGGCAAACUAUUUACACGAGAUGACUACCUCGACUUGGGUUCGCGGCUCACGGCGGGCUGUGUAUGGGAAUACGAUGCCAUGCCUUCGGGCAUUAUGCCUGAGUCUGCUACCUUUGUGGCCUGUGACAAAUUAGACGGCCCAUGUCCGUUUGAUACAGAGCGGAUGCCCCCUACCGAUGAUCCUAGGAGGCCCGGCGGAUUUUUGAGCGUCAAGGGCAGACACUAUCUUUUGCGACCUGAAGCCAUUGAGAGCGUGUUUUACAUGUGGCGCAUCACGGGAGACCAGAUUUGGCGAGAUACCGCAUGGAGGAUGUGGGAGAAUGUCGUCAGAGAGACGGAGACGGAGCUGGCGUUUGCUAUUGUCAAAGAUGUGACGGUCAGCUUGGGCGAGAAGGGCGAUUCGAUGGAGACGUUCUGGCUCAGUGAGACGAUGAAGUACUUUUGGCUUACCUUUGAAGAUCCCAGCGUUCUUAGCCUGGAUGAAUAUGUUUUUAACACGGAGGCACACCCGUUUCGGCGACCAGCGUAG